UAGUGAGGCCGUAACGGAGGAGGUGGAGGGUGCACUUGGCGGACGGGGGAACCUGGUUAUUUGCUGAUAUCCUUCAACGUUUGAGGAGUUGACCUGAGCCGGCCGGGACGUGCGAGCCGAGUGUUUAGCCCCUGUUGACGAGGACCUGGUGGGGUUUGUGAGCGGACGAGAUGCGUGUGUUGGGCUCCUUGGUGCUGGCCUUGUGCUCGUUGGCCGCCCUGGCGCAGGAGGAGGAUAAAGAUUGUCCCAUGUGCUUGACAAACCAAUUUGCCAAAUGCAGUGGUUCCACUUGUGAGUGUACCUUGAAAGUAGCUGAAAAUAUGGCCCCUAUAGUAAAUUGCAGCAAAUUGACCAGCAAAUGUUGGAUGAUGAAGAAUGAAAUGUACAGAAAGAAGAAUAAUAUUGGAACCCGCAGAAAGCCCACUGAGCAUGCCAUGUUGGAUAAUGAUGGCAUUUAUGAUCCUGAAUGCAAUAAUGAAGGAAAAUUCCAUGCCAAGCAGUGUAAUGGGACUGACACAUGCUGGUGUGUUAACACUGCUGGUGUUCGAAGAACUGACAAAGGAGAUGUAAACAUUCAGUGCCCUGAGCUCGUGGAGACCUUUUGGUUUCAGGUUCAGCUAAGGCACAAACCCAUGGAAAAACAGGUGGAUCAAACUAAACUCAAAGAAGCUAUCAAAAAUGUGUUUGCAGGCUACCAGGUAGACCCAGGCUACAUUGAGAAUGUUGAGUAUUCAGAGGAGGACCAUUAUAUCAUAGUGGACCUAAAGCAAAAUCGUACUGUGACUUCACCAACUGAUCUUGCUACUGCAACAUAUUACCUAGAAAAGGAUAUCAAGGGUAACACAUUGUUCUCCAUUCAAUAUAAUCGGUCAAUUCAGGAUGAUGGUAUACCAUUUGAUGGGACCAAGCUUUCUUUUGAAGAAGCUUAUGUGUACUACAUUGAUUCAAAGAAUCCAGAGUUUUCCAUGAAGGGAAUGACACCUGGCAUUAUUGCAGUCAUUGUAGUGGUGUGCCUGGCAGUUGUGGCUGGACUUGUUGUGCUUUUCUUUACUCGAAGGAAGGCAGCCAAGUCUCACAUCUAUCAAAAAGCUGAGGGAAGAGAAUUGGAUGAAAUUCAGAAACAGCAGCUGACCACCUAAUCCUACAACUGGCAUAUUUAAGACAAAUCAAUGUCCUACAAACUUUGGAAAUCUUGAACCAUUGAGCCAAAGCAAGUGGAUAGUCAUCUAACUUUGGAUUAUUUUACAAGGUUGCUGUGCAGCUCAAUUUCUAUUCCUUCAAGUUAACUACAUUCCAUCCUCCACUUGCAUUUGGGAGACUGUUGCUUGAUACAAAAUGGUAAUGUUACAGGACUUUGCUCCCAAGGCUUUGGUUGCAAUUUCUCAAGUGGUCUUAUUGGAUUGUGGUUUGUUUAUUUUUCAAAAUGGAAAUUAUGGCUAAUAUUAGCAUUUAAAAUUGGCAUUGAAUAUAUUGGGAUAAUAUUGAAGGAACUUUGCAAAUAGUUAACUUUUUAAAUGCUGUAUAGUUGAACAAUUUGUUUUGGGUCACAUGCUUUAAGUUUAGCAAUUCAUUUAGAGAUUGUGUACAAAGUACUGUUUUUUAACUUGUAAUGGAAUUUUUAAUAAAGAAUAUAACAAAC